AUGUUUAGCAAGAUCCGUUUCCUACAUGUUGAUAGUAUUCGACUCACUCAUUGGUAUGGAGAUACGAAUCGUGAAUUACCAGCAACACUAUCUGCUCGUGACGCUUACAUAGAUGAACAAUCAGCAAAAUUUUACAUAUUAAAAAAUUUCGAGAACUCUGAAAUGCGUUACAUUCGAACGAUGGCAGAGUUUUUGGUUGACAAUGCAGAUGGACAAUCAAAGUUAAUCAGUUUUAUCGAGGAACUCGUCCGUUCGUAUCAGAGAAAUCCAAAACAAGGCUUGAAUACUUAUCGAAUCGCAUUGAAAAACUCAUACGAACCCAAAUGGUGCAUUCCAAAAGAGAUUGUAGAAGAGCAACAAGUCGAGAAGAAACAACAAGAACCAAAGAAGCCGAUUGAAAUUAGCGAGGAAGAAAUUAGAGCUCUUGCUGCUGAAGAACCGAUAGGACCAAAACCGGUGGAGAAAACAACAGAGGACACGACAAAGCAAGUCUCCAAAACGAGUCAACUGUUGCAAUUACCUUCCGAAGGAGGAGAUAGGAAUGCUCAUGGGAACUCAAAUUCAACGGAACGAAAAGUUUCAAGCGAAAAUUUCAUUUCGCAUUCGCUGAAUUCACCGAAGCCACCGAACCCUCAGCACGAGAAGUCAGAGACUGACGAAAAUACUGCAAAUCCAAAUUCAAAGCCAGCACCAGAACACUUACCGCCUCGAUCAAUGCCGGACUCGAUGCCACUACCGAGAAAUGAUUUAGCGGAAAAAGUUCAAAGCAUCGUCAUUAAGAAUCUGAAUGAUUUGGAUUUUUCACUAUUCGCAUCGACGACAAACAAAGCCAUCAGUAUUCCAAAUUUUGAUACAGAUGGUCACGCUGGUCGUGUCGGUGAACAAAUUGUUUUUCAAGUAUUGAAACGUGAAUACUCGACAGCCAAAGUGACUUGGGAGAAUGAAAUAACGGAAUCCAUGAGUCCCUAUGAUAUUUGCAUUGAACACGAGAAUGGUGAAAAAGAAUUCAUCGAAGUAAAAACAACGAGACUUCAGAACGAAAAUUCUUUCUUUGUCUCUGGUCAGGAAGUGAAAUUUUUCUUGGAUCAUCCAGAAAAUUCGAGUAUCUACCGGGUUUAUCAUGCUGACCCGAUUGAAUCUUCAACAAUCACGCAGAUCAAUCGAAUUAAAGACAAUUUAGAUACACAAAAUUUAAAGCUCGUUAUGACACUUUUUUCCAAACCAAAUCAAUCCAGUUAA